GACUGCUGACGGGCCCGGGAGGGAGGAUGAGCGGUUGCGAGUGGUGGAUGCUAGUUGCCACCUCAGCUGUCACCUUGAUCCUAUAUGCCCUCCUCUUGCUGACACUUUACAUCAUGCUCAGCAGGAAAAUAGGCAAGCAGGCAAGUGGCAGCCCCACAGCGCAGCCCCUGCAACCCCUGCAGCCCCCACAGCCCCCAAGCUCUUCAGCGGGAGGGGAAGGAGCACCAAGACUGACUUACGCAGGGAGCAGUGACACAUCUUCAGAGACCUCGGAGGAUUCGGACAGCAGCCCUUCCUGCCCACAGGGGCCUUGCUCAAGAGAAAACCUCAAUUACACAUCCCUGGUUUUCCCUGCGAAAGGCCACGGGCCAGGCCCUGCUGGUGACUAUGAGAACAUGAAGACUGGGGUGGACUAUGUCAACGUGGACCCAAAGAAGAGGAAAGUAGAUUUCUGGUCUUGCUCCAGCCCUGUGGCAUCCAAAUCCAUUGAGUACACUGAGGUGAAGCUGUGACUUUCAGGGUGCUGCUGAAGCAGUUUCGAGUCAGACCACUGCCAGGACAGGGAGAUGCCCGAAGGCCCCGUCAGCUGCAUGACAAGGGCUGUCCCUUCCCCUGGGGCUGUGCCUGGCACAGGCUGAU